GGGUCCCAUACCAGUACCAAUACCAAUGAGGCUGCUCGUCCCCUUCUCUCGUCUGGUGAAAUCUGUCUAGGGGAAAGAGAAGGGAGCAGAGGAGGAGGGGCGGAGCGCCGCCGGCCAUUGACGCCAAGCCCACCAAGGGCGGCGACCACGCCAAGAAUUCGGCGACCGCGGGCGGGGCGGCGCGUCUCCACCGCCUUGCAGCCACACAGGCGGCCCGGAAACUCCAGGACCGCGGGCGGGUGGAGCACGACCGCGGCGGCGACGCCGGCGGCAACACCGGCGACCAGGACUGCAGGUACUCUGCCCUUGCCUUUCUCGGAUUCGAUUAGUCAGCCGCAGUCUCUCAUCCUUUUAUAAGCAAGACACAAGAGGAGGGACGGAGGGGGGAUCUAAGGCCUCUCACUUCGUCGCCGGAUCAGAUCUGGAUCACAGUACGCGCUUGUCGUUUCCGUUCCUUUGUCUGUGAGUACUUUUUUUUCUCCACCAUCAGAAUCAAAAAAUUGAACCUUUAGCUCCAGUUAAGGCCGGAAGAUCGAUUGGAGACAUGUAUAAGCGCCAGCACCAGGGCCUCAGCGGGGAUCGCAUCGGCAAAAGGCCGCGGCAUGUGCUCAAGAAGCAUCUCUAUCUGUUUCUCGAUGAUUGGAAGGAGGGCUAUAGCAUGCACAAAAUCGAUGCAGACACUUUGCAAGACGACACCACCCAAGAGCAGGCUGGCUUCCCUGAGCCUGCUACCCUCCGGUUGGGGGCACGAGAACUUUGUCCCACCGUCCUAGGCAGCGAGAUCUUCAUAGUCACCGCCCCACGGUGCGGCCAAACUCCCAUACUCGUAUACAGCACCGAGACAGGGGGACUCACCAUGGGCGCUCGUCUUCCGGCUCCACUGGUCGGUUGCUUUGAUAUCUCCGUGGCGGCUGCUGAUAGGCUCUAUGGAUUAUCAUCUUUCCCGAUGUGUGGGGAGCAGCAACAUGCCUUCGAGGUGUUGUCGCGGGCACCCAAUUGCAACAAGGAGCAAUGGUCUACAAAGCCGAGGAUGGACUGGUCCUGGAAAAGCGUGCCCUCUCCGCCUCCACUUCACGAGGAAGAAAAUAUCACCUCCUUUGCGCUGCACCCAGACGGACAUACCAUCUUCAUGUCUACGCAUGACCAGCAUAAUCUAAGUCUCGCCAGGGGCACCUACUCAUUUGAUGCCAGGCAUUGCAAGUGGAGGUGGCAUGGGAAAUGGGUGCUACCGUUCGAAGGCCAAGGCUACUUUGACAGCGACAUUGAUGCAUGGGUUGGGCUUCACGGUGAUGGCUACAUAUGCACCUGCCAGGUUCCAUCACGCAGCGACUCAAGCACUAUGCAGCCAGACUGGCAGAUAUCCAAGGACAAGUUAUUCUGCAGCGAAUCUGAGAGGCACUUGGGGGCCACCCUUACUUACAUGGGUGACACCCAAUUUUGCCUCGUCGAGUGCGUUGUACGCGAGGACAUGGAGCGUGAGCAGGCCCUUGGUGAUCAUGAUGGUUGUGUGCUCCGUCUCGUCAUGUUUAGCCUCAAGUACAAUCGAAAGGGAGAGCUGCACACCAAGAUCCAUCGCACCACUGCCACUCUAGUGUCCAAACAUCUCUUGGCAUUUAGGCCUGUAGCAUUCUGGAUGUAGGAAGGAACUAGCCGUUGCCGUUGGUUGUAUGCAUACUAGUAUCUUUGAGCACCCUUGAUGUAAAUUACGAUUUGUGGUACUAUAUAGAGAAACAAUAAUAAAAAGUUAUCUUUGCAAUUA